ACCCAGAUGCCUCCACUCCCUCUUGGCGAGCGCAUAGUGGUUAUUCAGCGCCCUAAAAACUUGGCCCUACGUGGGUCCACCCCACAGACCACACCACAGCCUCACUCCCAUAUAACAGCCCUCAGCAACAAACCUCUCUCCCGCCCUUCUCAUCCCCACCCUCCUCAGUCCCACCCUAAUCCUACAUCCCCGAACUCACUGUCUUUGGAAUGCAAGAGCAGAUCAUCAUCCCGUCUGCAGAAAACCAAGGGCGACAAGGCCAUUGUCUCAGAGGGUGUCAGACACACCCCUAGCCACUGUCACAGCAACGGGACCGUGACUCUUGGCCCUAGACCCCACCAACACACACACACCAUCGACAUCAAGUUAUCCGUGAACAAAGGAAUAAAAGGAGGAGGAGGGCACAACAACACUUUAGGUCGCAGUGGGAGUGUGAAGGUUGGCAAGAAAAGGGUCUCGUUGUGCUUGGAUCCAGGAUACGGGGAGAGAAAAGCUGGGGGAACAUCAGGGAAGCCUGGUGGAGCAGUGCAGCAACUCCAAAACCACCCACAGAACCAGAUCAAGGCCUCACGAGGCAGUCACCAUCAGAAUCAUCUGGCUGUGUCCCCAGGAGGGGUUCUAGAGUUUGUCCCAGCCAAGAGACAGCAGUCCAAGUCCAGAAGAGAGAAGGCGCAGGACGCGUCCUCCAAAGUCUGCUCUGCCAGCUUCCCCCCCAGAGGUGCCCGGGAAGUGCCCUGCGUGGGUAACAAAGAGAAUUCCAAACUGGGACCUGUCCAUCAAAACCCCAACCCCCACAGCCUGCCCCACCACCACAACUCUGUCCCUGUGCCCCAUGCCUCCGUCCUAAACUCCCAUUACCCUGCUUCCCCUUCCUCCCACCAACCCUGUGCUUCUACCUCGUUCCAGCAACCCCUCAACCAGCCCCGUCCAUCCCGCGGCAGGGACCAUCGCCCUCAGAUCCUCCACGGCCUACCCUUCUCCCCCUGUUCCUCCCGUGGAGGUUUCCCCAGCCCAGACCACACCUGUACCAUCGACUUCUCCCAUCCCUUCAGCUGUGGCUGCUGGAAGCUGGUCCGCUGCAGGGGGGCCAGGGGACGUUCUGCUGGCUGCCAGGGGGGUGGGGGGAGUCCAUUGUCCUCUUUUUCCUGCGCCCACGGCCACGGGGUUGGAGGGGUGAACCAUAGAGGGGGCUCAGCAAUGGGUUUAAGAACUCUGGGGGGAUGUUUGUCCACAGCCUCCACCACCAACACCUCAUCCUCCAACAGCACUGUGUCGGACUGCCGGACGGGCUUGCUCAGACCCCUGCGGUGUGCCUCCUGCUCCAGGGAGGCUGGCGCCUUUGAGAGUCCUGCUGCAUUCCGCAAAAAACUGGUGGGGGGAUGCCUGCCCUGUACCCCACUAUCCUCCUCAGCCCCGCUGCGAGCCUUACAGAGUUGUGUGAGUGGCUGCAACCCCAAAGCCAGUCAGGGUGGCAGCUCUACCUGCAGUUAUUGUAGCAGCGACCCUAUAGUGGUGACCUUCAACCCCCGCCGUAGCGGCAAGCCCCCCGGAUUGGGCAGGGGUGUAGGGGCAGGGCACCCCAUGGGAGUAUUCCCCGCUGAUGAUGAUGAUUACAGUGUGCGCACAAUCUGGCCCGAGGAGCUGUCGAAGAAGAUGACCAGGUCUAAAACCCAACAGAACCACCAGAGCUGUGCCGGGAUGGGAGUGGGGAAGACAUGUGCCGGUCAGAACCAGAACAGCAGCAACGGAACCAGCCCUGUCAUCCUGGACUGUAGGAACCUGUUGGAGUUCACCCGGAAUCAGAUAACAGACCACGCUGGCCGCCGCCGGCUUCAGCAAGGCAAGAUGGCCGUCCUGGAUUUCAUUGGGUCUGGGUCUGGGUCUGGGCGAGAUCCGGGCCGGGACUCCCUGAAGAGGCUCUGGAACAAAGGUGGGGAGACAGGGAUGGUGGAUGGCAUGGGGCAGGAAGACGAUAUGGCAUACCCUCGCACCCCCUCCCCCCGCUCCCCCUCUCCCCAAUCCCCUUCUUCCUUCUCAACAGCACCGUCAGCUCCCAGCACUCUCCUCAAACCCAAACCCAGACAGAGAGAUGCAGAGGGACGGCAUUCCCUCCCCUCCGCUCAGUCCCUCCACCUGGUCCUAAACUCACUCAACAGAGAGCAGGACGAGGAGAACGGCAGAGGUAAGGAUGUCCAACACUCUUUUUUUGUUUAAGUCUUUUAGUCUAUACUAAAUGACCAAAAGUAUGUGGACACCUGCUCGUCUAACAUCUCAUUCCAAAAUCAUGGAAUGAUUUGGUCCUCCCCUUUGCUGGUAUAACACCCUCCACUCUUCUGGGAAGGCUUUCCACUAGAUGUUGGAACAUUGCUGCGGGGACUUGCUUCCAUUCAGCCACAAGAGCAUUUGUGAGAUCGGCACUAAUGUUGGGCGAUUAGGCCUGGCUUGCAGUCGCCAUUCCAAUUAAUCCUAAAGGUGUUUGAUAGAGUUGAGGUCAGGGCUCUGUGCAGGCCAGUCAAGUUCUUCCACAUUGAUCUCAACAAACCAUUUCUGUAUGGACCUCGCUUUGUGCACAGGGGCAUUGUCAUCCUGAAACAGAAUCGUCUAGAAUAUCAUUGUAUGCUGUAGAGUUAAAAUUACCCCUCACCGGAACUAAGGGGCCUAGCCCGAACCAUGAAAAACAUCCCCAGACCAUUACUGCUCCUCCACCAAACUUUACAGUUGGUCCUAUGCAUUCGGGCAUCCACCAAACCCAGAUUUGUCCGUCGGACUGCCAGAUGGUGAAGCGUGAUUCAUCACUCCAGAGAACGCAUUUCCACUGCUCCAGAGUCCAAUGGCGGCGAGCUUUACACAACUCCAGCCGAUGCUUGGCAUUGCGCAUGGUGAUCUUAGGCUUGUAUGCAGCUGCUCUGCUAUGGAAACCCAUUUUAUGAAGCUUCCGAUUAACAGUUUUGGUGCAGACGUUGCUUCCAAAGGCAGUUUGGAACUCGGUAGAGAGUGUUGCAACCGAGGACAGGCGAUUUUUAUGGGCUACACGCUUUAGCACUCGCCGGUCCCGUUCUGUGAGCUUGUGUGGCCUACCACUUCGCGGCUGAGCCGUUGUUGCUCCUAGACGUUUCCACUUCACAAUAACAGCACUUAGAGUUGACCGGGGCAGCUCUAGCAGGGCAGAAAUUUGACGAACUGACUUGUUGGAAAGGUGGCAUCCUAUGACGGUGCCACGUUGGAAGUCACUGAGCUCGUCAGUAAGGCCAUUCUACUGCCAAUGUUUGUUUAUGGAGAUUGCAUGGCUGUGUGCUCGAUUUUAUACACCUGUCAGCAAUGGGUGUGGCUGAAAUAGCCGAAUACACUAAUUUGAAGGGGUGUCCACAUACUUUUGUACAUAUAGUGUACUUCUGCUGGUUUUGGACUGUUGUACAUUUUUGACAGAAAGUUAUGGACACUUAGAUAGUUACAGUAAAAAAAAAAUCCCCAAUGGAGAAACCAGCUUUCAUGUCUGACUGCAGCAAUUACCAUUUGUUUCUGUAAAUCUCUUUCCUCCUAUUCUUAUUCUCAUUACUGUCUCUUUCUUCUACCUUUUCCCUGCUUCUCUUUCUUUUAAAUCCCCUGCCUUUCCAUGCCUAUCUCUCUUUAUAUGUUACGGUAUUCUAACAUGUUGGGGAUUUUAAAGGAACCCGGGGAGAAUGACUGUUAAUUAUAGCCUAGGCUCUGGAGAGAGAAAAAGACAGAGGAGAGAAAUGGAGAAGAGUGCUGAGAAGAGGGGGAGAUUAGAAUAGCUGAGUUUAUGUUCUUUUUUCCUAAGGGAAAUGGGGUCACUGACACUGAACCCUGUCAGUGGGAGAUUAAGCUGUUCUCAUUUAAAUGAUGAAGACCCAAAAAGCUAUGAUAUGUUCUCUAUUCUUAUUAGUUACAUAACUGAAGCCUCCUCCCACUCCGUUAAGAGUUCAGGAUGUGUUGAUGACAUACAGUAUAGAAUGAAGAAUGUAGUGUCAGACAUCUUUUCAUGUCUGUACCUUUCCCUCUUCCUGAAAGGAGAAUAUGUAUGAAAUUAUAUAAGUAUUUUAGCAGUUCCUCAGAGCUGCGUACUUCUUUGCUCUGCGUGUGUAAAGUGAACAGCAAUGAUACUCAUGCUCAAACAAGCACUAUAAAUUAGAUUAAUUGUACACUUUCAUUGCCUCUCCUUCAUUCACACAUCUCUUCAUAACGCUUUCUGUCUCCAAUGCUUGAUCUAUUUUUGUAUGCUUCAGGGUGAAUGCAUGUCAGCCAGUGAUCCAAAUCAAAUGAAAUUGUAUUUUCUAACAGCAAUCUCUCACUGUAUCUGCUCUCCCAGUGCACCUCACUCUGCCGCUCUCCUCCUCGCUCCCGGCCUCCCUGUCAGAUGAGAGUGGGAUGACCCCUGACGUGGAGAACGCGGUGGUCAGCCCCAUCCUGCCCUUCCUCUUCCUGGGCAACGAGAGGGACGCCCAGGACCUGGACCUACUGAUGCGUCUCAACAUCGGCUACGUGGUCAACGUCACCACACACCUGCCCCUCUACCACCUCGGCUCCUGCCUGGUGCGCUACAAACGGCUGCCGGCUACCGACAAUAGCAAGCAGAACCUGCGUCAGUACUUUGAAGAGGUGUUUGAGUUCAUUGGUGAGUUGAACAGUAUUUACCUUCAUGUUCUACUGCACUCUCUAUCCCCGUUCCUGUCUUUCAGUCUUUUUCUCUGUCUGAGCUUGAAGUAUUUUAGCAGUGAGAUAAGGUAAGGAUCAUGAUGAUUUAUAUGUUACGUUUUUCCUCUGAUCUCAAUCUCCUAUUUCAACGUUUUUGACUGGAGAGACAGUUGGGGAGCUAUAAAUGGAUCAAAAGGGAAGAUGGGAGAACUGGAAAGUCAGUUAGGGAGCUAUAAAUGGAUCAAAGGGAAGAUGGGAGAACUGGAGAGUCAGAUCCAGAAAAAGCUGUGUAGUAGAUGAAUUCCAGCGAUCAUCCUUGACGGGCAUCUGAUAGCAACCUCUUUUUAUCCACAGAGGAGGCUCACCAGAGUGGGCGAGGAGUGUUGGUGCACUGUCAAGCGGGCGUGUCCCGCUCGGCAACCAUCGUCAUCGCCUACCUGAUGAAGCACACCCUCAUGACCAUGACUGAUGCCUACAAGUACGUGCGGGGCCGUCGUCCUGUGGUGUCUCCCAACCUCAACUUCAUGGGUCAGCUACUGGAGUUUGAGAGGGACCUCAACUCCGGGGUCACUCCUCGCAUCCUGACCCCCAAACUCAGCGGCCUGGAGACCCAGGUCUGA